AAAAAUUUAAAAUUACUUGUUGGUGGUGGAGCAAAGCAAACUAAUGAUGUCAUAAGAAAUGCAUUUGCAUUAUUAAUCAAUGAAGAUGAAUCAAUAUGCGAAAUAUUAAACUUUUUGGACGUUGAAUAUCAACAUUUAGCUAAUCAGUUAUUAAAUAAUACAAAAAUAAUCAAUUCAAUAACAUUUCUUCAAAGUGAUAAAGAAGUAAAAGAAGCAUAUGGUGAGUUAAUUAUUAGAAUAAUCUUAAUCUUUUUUAUUAAAUAUAAAAAUAUGAUUUAUCUCUCAUAAAUUGUUAAUUAAAUACGCAGCAUUUUUAUAUUUUCUUUUUAAAUAUAAUGAUUUUAUAUAUAUUUGUUAUUUUUAUUUUUUAAAGGAAAAAAGAGAGAAAUCUAUACGAAGAUGCAUAGAAUUGUCUUUUAUGUCACUAUGUGUGACUAACAUAUGAAUUAAUAAUAAUAAUAACAACAAUAUAAUAUUCAUAAUUACUUUUUAUGAAGUAAUAAUAAAAUUUAAUUAAUAUUAUAAAGCUUUCGGACCAUUCCGGUCCAUCAUCAGUAUAUAAGAGUGGAUACAUAUCAAUAGUUAACUCAUAUAAUAUGUAUAUAUAUCUGUCUAUUGCCUGUACACGCUGCAAGAUUAUAAUAUAUAUAAUUUAUGAUAGAAUUCAAAGUCCUGUAUUAUAAUUAUUAUUAUGAUUUAUCUCAAUAGAUAAUCCAAAUUUAGUUAACACCAUAUUACCAGCUGCACUUUGGGUAUCACAUAACUGCGUAAAUCAAGAAUGUUACUUAGGAGUCAGAUGGAAAACGGAAAGAAAUCAAAUUGAUUUAGCAAUAAUGAAAAUCAAUAUGUUACAAUUACAAAAUCGAAAUCAGUUUCGAUGGAAAUAUCAAUCUAACCAAAUAGAAAAAUUUGAAAAAAACAUCUUUUUGGUCAACC